AUGUCUUUUGGCUCGUCAGUGAAUUGUGAAUUGCGAAAUUAUAAAAUGGUUCGACCGUCGAAUCCGCGACUCAUGGCUCGCGUGCUAGAUGCAGUGGCAAAUCUUGGCGACACUAAAGGUUCAUCAGCUCGCGAAGUUCUCAGUUUUAUCCGGCACAGCAACAUAUCGUCUAAAAAUUUGACGCUGCAGGUACAUCGAGCUUUAAAGCAUGCAGUAAAUGCUGGACUUUUACGGCAUCGGAGUGGUCGUUAUAAAACAUUGGCUACUUUAAAUCCUAAUUCUGUCUCUAACCCACCUGUUAGUAAGGAACCGGCUACAAACAAUCAGAAAAGUGAAGAGAAAAAAUCAAAACCGGAUGUGCAAGCACCUAUCAGCGACGUGGAAUCUUCCCGUCGAACACAAGGGCAAGAGCGCAAGAAAAGAACUACGUCACGGCGACGAAAUAGUAAACAUCGUAGUAGUAAAGGAAGAAGGAAGUCCCGACGAUCGCCAUAUAGACGACCCGAUGCCGCUCAGAAUCGAAAGCGACGACAGCGAAAGCGCACAUACGAGGACGAGGAGUUCGAGGAUCCGGAUCAAUCAAUUCGAAGAUCCGGACAGUACAUCUUGCAUGGAAGGGACGAUUCGCCCGUACCAUUCAACCGUCGAACGAAACGUUCAAGAGUAUCCAAGCGAGAGCUCGAGUCCGACUUUUCUGAUGAAAGCGAUUGCGAUAGUGACUGUGACGUGAGCCGGAAGCAUAUGUCCCGAGCAAAUAAAUCAUUGUGUCGAGAACGCAAAAUACCGAAACGCAAAGAGGCGCGCGCAAAAUCGAGGGGUAGAUCAGUGCCUCGAGCUCCAAGUUCGCAGCUGUUGCAACGAACGAUGCAAGCGCGACAGCAUCCGACCGAGGAGAUCGAGAACGACAGGCAGCAAUGUGACGAGGAUCACGGAUCCAUGGAAUGCAACGUGGCGCAUCAAGAAGUACACAAAGACGUUGAAAGAGUUCGCGAGCCGAACGACAGCAACAGCGGGAGCACCCUGGAAAACUCGAGAGACUGAUCACAUUCUUUUAUUUGUAUUAUCCCACUCUGCAUUUGUCAAUGUACAAUCUUCUACUUUUUGGUGGUUAUAUAUUUGUCUAUUUUUUGUUUUCUACUUUUUUCUGUACCAAAAUGUCUACUGUUUCGAGAGAUAAAUUUGUAAACGUUUUAUAAGGUCCGGGUAACUUAUAAAAUAAAUAUGCAUGUGUGAUGGAUGAUGUUGUGUAUUUUAUACAGACUAUCCCAUUUUUAUUAGAUAUGUUAUUUUCUUGAAAGAGCAUUUAAACGCGAUG